GACGUCGAGGACCCCCCGAAUUUGGGACAUCAGAGACCCCCCCGGACAUCGAGGACCCCAAAAAUGGGGAGGGGACCCCGAAAAUGGGGGGACCCCAAAAUCUGGGACCCCCAGGAUGUCGAGGACCCCCCAAAUUUGGGACAUCAGAGACCCCCCCCAGGACAUCGAGGACCCCAAAAAUGGGGGGACAUUCCAAAAAUGGGGGAGACCCCGAAAUCUGGGAGCCCAAAAAUGGGGGGACCCCAAAAUCUGGGACCCCCCCAGGACAUGGAGGACCCCCCAAAUUUGGGACAUCAGAGACCCCCCCCCAGGACAUCGAGGACCCCAAAAAUUGGGAGGGGGACCCCAAAAUCUGGGACACCCCCAGGACAUCGAGGACCCCAAAAAUGGGGAGGGGACCCCGAAAAUGGGGGGACCCCAAAAUCUGGGACCCCCAGGACGUGGAGGACCCCCAAAUUUGGGGCAUCAGAGACCCCCCCCAGGACAUUGGAGAACCCCGCCCAGACAUCGAGGACCCCAAAAAUGGGGAGGGGGACCCCGAAAUCCGGGAGCCCGAAAAUGGGAGGAACCCAAAAUCUGGGACCCCCCAGGACGUCAAAGACCCCAAAAAUGGGGGGGACACCCCAAAAAUG